CGUCCUAGUCGGGGAAGCGGUUCUUGGCUCAAAUGUGUGUCCCAGUGAGAGAAACGGCCCCUUCUUGAAGUUUUCUUCAGUUCGAGUGAAAUGCGCGACCACACCGCUACCGUCACGACCACAAACGAGAGCAAAACGCUUGCUUCGAAUCGCAUCUACGUCACGGCCAGAGCCGGACCAAUCGUGGGGGUCAUUCGUUGCGAGCCACUGGCGUUGAGGAGGAUGGGAGAAGUGGCGGGUGGGAAAGAAGCGCCCAAAAUGGCCGCACGUUGUUGCAGAGAGGGCAACAACAUGACGGAAAGGGCGCUACUCUUGGUGGAGAGAGCGUAGGGAGGAGACCGGCCGGCGUGCAUCGCGUCGUCUGCUCCGCGUCGUCUGCUCCGAGAAGUUUUCUUGACUGCUCCGCGAGCGCAUCGUCUGCUCCGGGAGAUCCUCUGCUGCUCCGCGAGCGGGGCAUCAUCCACACGGGGAGUAGAGGUUCGCUCGUCCGUCGUCUGCUUGCCUCCAAAAGCCCGUGGUGGUUAUUUGGUUCGGCCGUUGUGCGGAGUUUUGUCAACUGGUGUGGGUGUGGUGUUCCGUGGAAGCCUCUUUUUGCCCGGUCCAAUUACUUUUUUUUUUCGGAACUAUACUUCUUGGUGCGCGUCGGCAACACGACGAGAAGACAAGGAGAGGCAACUGUGUGGAGUUUAUUUGUUUCCAUUUCUACUUUUUUUUUUCUUCCGUACCAUAUACGCACCGCUUACGGUCGGUCGUCUGCUACGUUCCAGACGACACAUCCACGGCACGCACAACAGACGACAAGCAGACAAAAAUGUUCAGGUGCAAGCCCUCGCAGCUGUGGUCCCUGGGCCUGUUCCUCCUGCUAGUCCUGUGCGCCCACGGUGCCUCGGGCUUCCUCACCGGCAGGGGGAGCGGCGGCGGCGGCGGAGGCGGCGCGGGAGCCCUGGCCGCCUCGUCCUUCCUGCGCUCCUUGUGGAAGCGCGCCUCGAUGCGGGCCUCGAUGCGCAACUCGAUGCGCGACUCGCCCAUCUACUACGUCAGCACGUUCGUGCGCAACAAGUCGCCCGCGCAGCAGCAGGCGGCCGCGCUGUCGCCCCUCUUCAAGAUACCCAUCGAGUUCAUGUCGAACGCGAGGCCGCUGGACGUGGUGAAGGGCAUCCGAAAGCCGCCCUACUCUAAGCCCUACCGGAAACAGUCGCUCUACCAGACCUCCAAGAUGAUCCUCAUGCCCAUCAAGUUCUUGGCCAAUGGGAAGCCGCGCCGACGUGUCGUCAUCAAGACUCCGCCCCACUACUUCCGGAUAUAGACAAAGGACACGCACGAAAAGACGGCAACGACGCAGCGCCACGCGUCACUAGUGAUUUCGCCCGAGCGUCUCAAACUCACCCGCACAUUGUGACGUGAACAACUGGACUGGUUCACUGCGAGGUGGGCCCUUCGUGACGUCAUCAGCGGGCCGUCGGUAGCGACAUGGCCGGACCGCAGUGAAAACGUCUUUGCAGUGCGGAUAUGUGCGUGUGUGUUAUCUACCAUUUUUGUUGCGCUUUAUUUUUCUCUCUUGUGAAAGUGCUAUCUUUCUCUUCUUCGUCUCACAAAGCGAAUGGCGUUACACAAAAGGCGAAUCGGCGCACGCCGCGCUGUGACGUCGUUGAACCGGCGCUGGCGUAGAUACUCCCUUGGCGGUGGUGGCGCCACCUGGUUGACUCCGACUGACGACUCGGCUCCGGAAGCCUAUGAGCUGCGAUUGUGCUGCGCAUAAUUAAAUGAUGUCACGGCUUGUGUUGUUGGAACGGUAAGAUUUAGCACACGACGGACCUCACGCAGACAUUCAAAGUCGUCCGCGCUUUUGAUUACCAUCACGUGACGCUACUUAAGCCGUGGAAUACAAGUCAAACGGCAAUUAAUAAAGCAAGACAGAGCCGAUGUGAAUAAUGGGCUUUCUUUUCAAGUCAAGGCUUUCUUUCAAUUAGCUUUAUUUCCCUUAGGUUGUCUACGACCACGCCAUGUUUCUUUACAAAGCUACAACGCCCUUAUGCCACUUGUGCUGCCCUCUGCAUGACAGAAAGCAACGGUUCAAUGUACUUUGUCACAAGUUUCUGCUUGAUACCGUGUAAAGCACUUCCGACAUACUGGCUAAAAGCUACAGGUUGUGUCAUUGACCGGCGCACUCAGCUACGUAAGAGACCACGAUCCGUCCAAACCUGACUUACCACUGCCAACUUAUCUAUCACUAAUUGUUCGCCCGAGCAUUGCCUCUUAACAUUCAGUGUCGCCAUCCAUGAUAGGACUGUCAUCGCGCACGCUGACGGCAUUCGCGUGUUUUUCUUUUACAUUCCGCCAUUUUGCCUGCUCUCAUUGGCUCAUAAGGCUGUCACGCCCUCUCUGACUGGCUCACUCGGAGGACUUCAGAUGAGCGAAUUUCGACUGUGUCGAGAAUAUAUUUCCAUCUGGUACACGACUUCUCGUAUGGCUUACAUCGUACUUGAUUUCCCGCGGUUCAUUCGAAAUACACAAUUUCUUUAUUGCAUUGCGCUUUCGUUGACUUCAUUUCAUUGCAAAAAAUGAGAACAGGGUAUAACUCUAUUCCCGGCUUUCCAUGUUGAGGCAGCUGUUGCAAGGAAAUAUAACGAAGUGCCUCACGUCACCUUUUUUUUUUUUUGUAUACGUACCCAAAGGCUAGCUGCAACAAAAUCACACUUGGGCUCAAUUCGUUAAAAAAGGAUCGUAGAUGACACUCAUGAAAUUGCAAUCAAAAUCGCAAAGUUAUAACGAGUGCACAGAUUUCAUUGCCUCGUAUGGCAGACGACAGGUACCGAUAGCGGUGUGCCGCGCAAAGCGGAUAUGACGUCAGCCCAAGAAUCGCACGCGACGCGCUGGGAGCUGUAUUUUUUUUUAAUACGUGUAAACGUUUUGCAAUUGCAGUCGCACGCAGCAUACAUUAUAUGCAUGUUAAGUGUAAAGCGGGCAGGUCAGUACGCGGGAGCGUUAUUGCAUUGUAGGCUCCCGUUGCACAUGGGCGUGCUGUACAUUGUCAGAUUCGGUUAUAGUGCGGAAUUCGCCAUCUUGCCGGCCGCGAUUGGCUUAGAAGGCUGCUAUGGCUUCUCUGAUUGGUUGAAAACGCCUCCACUGCAGAAUUCGACAGUAUGGCGGACUUUCACAGUGUCCAGAUCAUGUGGUGUCCAAGACAUGGCAGUCACGACGUGAUUCUGGCUCCCACGAUUGCUUCCGACACUCGCAGUGCACAAAAGCAUGGCCUUCGAGAUCGGUUUCCGUUACUCCGAGCAAGUCGUCACUGGGGGGGGGGGGGGGGGGGUGCGAUUUGGACAAUACGUACGAUACCUCUGGUUAGGUCGUGUCUGGGUUCCGCGUCACUUCCCGGGAGCUGUAAUGGCAGCGCUUUCUUUUUUCAGUUUCGGCACGAAACACAUGCGGACUUUUUUGCGCGUUGUUUUCGACGAUGCACUCGUUCGCUUUUUGCACAGAUUCUGCACUGAGCAUUAUACUAUGUGGCCCCACUAUAUCAAUAAAGAUAUUUUUUUACAGCGAUUCAAAAUUUCGCUGCGAUAGGCCUUUAGCGAGGUGAACUUGGAGAGGCAGUGGCGACAUUAAGCGUCGGGCACAACAUUUAUAGCUCGAACACGUGCGAUGCGCCGAGCACGAACAUGAACAUGAACAUGAUUCCGGGUCUGGCCGAAAGCUUUGUACGAUAUGGCAAACUUGCGCGUAUAGAGUUAUUGUGGCGUUGGACCGAGACACUCUUGCUUUACACCCUUAACUUUGGCAGCUUAUUUGAUAGGAUGUAACCAUGAACAAGACGCCCAUGUUACACAUUAAUUCGUUCAAGGGUGUACGAAAGGCGUACUUUCACACAGUAUGCCUUAUAAGGAUGUAAAAGGUGCAGGCGUAUUUUGAUUUGGCAACGUAGUGUAGCCAUAACGCCGAUAACGGCAUUACAGCAUUACUUUUUCAAAUAUUUGUCUUCAGCAAUUUAACUACUGUAUGAGUGUGCCAGCAACAAAAACAAUACUUAAAAAGUACUUCUGUCACCAGACCAACCUUAUCGCUGUUAAAAUUGACGUCAGUGUGAUGCGCAUGACUACAGAAGGCAACUAGAAAAGCAUCAGCUGGCUACAAUUUAACACUGAUGGGAGACAAAUAUAUACAGAUGUUACGACGGCUUCAUUUGCCCGCUUUUUAAGGUUAUUUUAUUGCCAGUGGUCAUGUGACUCGUAAUCCAACGGUUGUGUGAAUGUUGUGAAUGUUUCGAAGUCGUGGCGUAGUUGAUGGUUCGAUAAUUGUUUUGAGUGUCGCGCAUUUACAACAUACAUGCACUGUAUAUAAACGCGAAUUGAAAGUAAAUCAUUACGGGGCUAAAUCAUUCGAAGUAAAAUUACGGGGUAAAUCAUUCUCAUUUCGAGACGUAGCUGCUUGCGUCAGGAGAGGAAAUAAUUUGUUUUUAAUAGUAUACGCUUGCUGUUUCAGCCAGGCACUUUUAAGUAGGGUAGGUUAAAAGUAGUACGAUUGCAAGUAAUUGUUUUUUUUCUUUCUUUUUUUUGUAGUCAAUCGGGGUGGUAGGCGUCAAGAAUUGUGGGAUAAUCACCAGUAAGUUCUUAAACUCAAAUUAUGUAAUUAAUCUUCAAAUUAGUGAGUCGAACGCAUAUUCAGCUGUCGAAUCGAAGCUGUCGAUUACUCAAAGAGCCUCGAGUUAAUACGAGUCCCGAGUCUUUAGCACCAUUUUUCGGGAUAUUCUUCGCCAAAUCCAGCCGCGUAAUACACGUGUCGAUGUUUCACAUAGUUUUAGCUCACGCUACGUUAGGGAAGGCUAACUGUAGAUAAAUGGUACAUCAAACGCCAAUCUAUUAAUCUACAAUUUUGGGGAAAGCCUAUUUCGAAACUAUACGCACUAAACACUAACUUUUAUUAAAGAUGUAAAUUUUGAUAUUUUGAGCAGCUUAGACUUUAAUGUUUCGGUUAUUUUUCGAUAGGCCUACAGGGAUCAUCAACGCUAUUAAAAUCUGCCUAAACAAUAUACACCGAUUACCAGCUCAAGGGGUCAUGUUAUACAUGCUGCAACAUGCACCCAGCGCCGCAGUUACAUAAUUUUGGCUUCUGCAAAUUUUUGCCCAGAAUGAUGUAAAACUAGGCCUUACAUUACUUUAGGAUUCAUGUAGUGUUGUACAGAGAGCAUUAUCCUUACGUAGAUAACAUAACCGUUAUCUGGGCCUGAUACUGCCGAUCACUUGUGAAAUACGCACAUUUAUAAAAAAUUACUGUGUUUAUUGUGUAGUGUUAGUCUAAGAAUUCCUGCUAAUAUAGACAAACCUCGAGCAUUCGCUCAACUGCCACUUUGCCAAUUUCAAAGUCUGCGUUAUAUUUGGUAAUUUUUAAGCAAGAGUGAAAAGUGAAAGUUAUAAGUUGGUGAAGUUUGCCUAAUUAGAUAACAGGCUGACGAUUACCCUACGAUUAUUUGUGCCCACCAAAACGAAACACUCAUUUCUGGAAGAACUUAAACUGAAUCGUCUUACUUGUCACUGGGCUGCGUAGUCUUCACUAAAACACCCUAUAUGUUACGCCUCUCGGAUUUUCAAACCUGUCGGCAUUUGUGUUAUUGUGACAGUAGUGAUUGCGUAUAAAUGUUUGGUUGCAGAAAGCGAGAUGGAUGCUUGUGAGCCUGGAACAAAAAGAAAGGUGCUGUCGUCAGUGUCUUACAUACUUGCGCUGUGAAAGUGUUUUUAGCUGCGUAUGAUUCAUGCUAUAGAGUGAUUGCGCGGUUGUUGCGAAUGGUCUUGGACGCUUACAUAUGUGGCCGCAAAAUGUUUUUUUUUUUUUUCUCGCACGAUUUCCGAUCGUUGACCUGUUGGUCUGCAGUAUUGUUCUUUCGAUUCUCUCUCUCUCUUUUUUUUUUUUUACGCCUGCACAGAAGAACCAAGAUGGAUCACGACACGAGUUCUACAAAAAGGAACACUUGCGAGCCACAAGCUGUUUUGAGUUUUGCCAGUGAAAUAGCAGUGCCUUUUUUUAUUUUAUAAUUAUUUUAUUUUUAUUUUGUUUUUUUCUGUUCGCUUUCAUCGUGUGCAUCGCGUUGUGUUCAUAUUGUAUAGCGGUACUACUGUCGACCGCGCAAAUUACAGCGCGCUUUGUGACUUUUCUGCCAUCGUUCCUUUAUUUUUUUUUUCGUUUGUAGACAUUUUUUUCUGAGCAAUAAAAAAUGUUUUCUUUUUA